GAGUUGGGAGAUUUGGCAGAGGUUGCAGCAUGCGAGAAACGUGACGGUUGGCCUAUCAAAAGAGUCCAGUGGGAAAGCAAUAGAAGUGCACGUUCCCAUAUACGUGUAAUACAAGUAGCCUAAAAGAUACAACCGGUAUCGGUAUGUCCGCGCAGCGCGUCCGUGUUGCAGCUACUAAAACUUCCAGCCGUUAAGCGUCGCCAGCUCUUGCAGUUUCCGCCACAGUUUUUCUUUUUUUCAUCCUCAGGUCAUUUAAAUAUUCGGCGUUUGACCUUCAGUAUAAGUUUAGUGGUGAUUCCUUGUGUCCCGUGUUUGCGCGCAGACACGCAGAAAGCGUCUGGAGUUGACGGACACCGGACAGUGGCAAGAGCUCCUCCGCCCUCCCUCCAAAAAAGAGCGACAGUAGUUCAGUGUACAACGUGUUGACCGCGGUGUGAGGGGGGUACGUGCAGGUUGCUGUGUUUGUCCUUUUUUUUAUCAUCAUCAUCAUCGAUUCACAGACCAGUUGUCCUCUGACUCUGACUCAGCCUUUUAUGUAGAAGAACAUGGAAGUAAUACUUGAUGGAUUUCUUAAUCAGAACACUACCUAUGAUUACACUGACUAUGAGAUAAAAGGUGACUUAGAACCUGAAGGCAGUGAGGCGUUGUGGAUCCUGGCUCUGUACUCCGUGGUGCUGGUUGUAGGUCUGCUGGGGAAUGUGCUGCUCCUGGCUGCUUUGGCACAGAAGAGGCUAUCUUGGAGUACAUCAGAUACCUUUGUCCUCCACCUGGGUGUCGCAGACAUCCUGCUGCUGCUGACACUGCCCCUCUGGGCUGUGCAGGCUGGUCAAAGUUAUGGAUGGUUCUUUGGGGAUGCCCUCUGCAAGAUCAGUGGAGCUGUUUUUAAUAUCAACUUCUACUGUGGAAUCUAUCUGCUGGUUUGCAUCUGUCUAGAUUGCUGCCAGUUCAUCGCCAACACUACCCCGCUGUUCUUCCUCAAGAAACCUGUGUUAGUUCAUCUCAGCUGCCUGUCGGUCUGGGUCAUCUCCCUGCUCCUCUCCAUCCCUGAUUUGACUUUUCUAAUGGCAGAGGAAGAUGCAAUGUGUGUUCCCAAGUACCCUCAGUCAGAAACUAACUGGAAGCUGUUGUCACGCCUGCUCCACCACACACUGGGUUUCCUGCUGCCCACAGCCACCCUGAUCAUCUGCUGCUCCUGUGUCCUGCCUCGGCUGCAAUGCAGAUCAGAAAGCCUCCAGAAGCAGAGGGCCAUCAUGGUCAUCCUGCCCUUGGUGGUGGUCUUCUUUCUCUGCUGGAUGCCAUACAACAUCACACUCAUUAUGGACACCUACCUGAACAGCUCUAAGAAGCCACACGAUGGUUCAUCUGGAAACCCUGAAGGUUCUCUGAAAACAGCUCUGAUGGUCACAACUGGUCUGGGUUGUGUUCAUGCCUGCCUCAGGCCUCUGCUCUAUCUCGGCCUGUGUGGAAACUUUAGGAAACAGUCCCUGGCCAUGCUGAGAUGUGCUGCAAAUGAAUCUAUAAGCUCGCUGUGGGAGCUGGGUGUGGGAAAGGAAGUCCUGCCUGACCAGAGUCAUGAGGGAGAGCUGAAACAGAUGACAAGUGAGCAUCAGCAGGUGUAGUCAACACAGUGCUUAUGAAUGCCCUGUGACUCAAAAUUCACCUGAACAAUGGAUUUAGGAUGAAAUCAUGUCAUGGGUUCAAGGAGUGGAGGACUAUAUUCUGUGCAAUGAUGAGUAAUAGAUAUUUAUUAAAGAAAAAAAACUCUUACAUUGCACUUUAAUGUGAAGGCUUCAGAGCCACAUCAUGGUGACUGUAGCUUGUCAUCCUAAAUCAUGAGUUUUUUUAUUCAAUUUUGGAUAUAUUUUUUUACUGUGUAUUAUUAUGUGUAUUAUUAUUUUGAUGAUCAUUAUAAUUGUUAUGAAAGCAAACUGUUAGAUCAUAUACUUCAUGAAGAAACUGUUGUGUCAGUGAACAGUUUCCAGAUGUUAAACAAUAAUCAUAUAACUAAUGCCAUAAUCAGUGAUAUAAUAAGGAAUAUAAGCUCUUAUCCUUGCCAGUUUUAUUGUGUGCUUGUAUUUAACAGUCCUACACAGUUUAUAAGUUUAUUUCUGAUAACAUAUGUUAUUAGAAAUAAUAUCACUUUUCAUUUUCCUUGUUAUCUUGUGCUUAUCUAAAAACAGUAAAGACUGUGUGGAUUCCACAAUUGCACAGUGAGUGUGUGGAUUUCUGUUAACAAACAUAAUGCUGUGAGGGAAUUUCCCACGGCAAAUCCCACUGCCUUUUUUCUUUUUGGACUUCACUGUUGCAACAUGGACGUGUGUGGUCUUUGAGACACUGGAUGAUAAAAAGAGGUGGUGAUGUCAUCAGUCAGGUGACAGAGCAAGACAGAGGCGGAAGAGAAUAAAGCGCUCUCUGCUGGGGCUGCGGCCUGCUCAUAGAUCUCUGCUUACACUCAUCUGAAGAUUUGUCUGUUGCAUGGAGAGAGAACUGUGGCAUGCAUUGUGUGUCAGGACAGCUGACUGAAGGAAAAAAAGAAUGUAGUUAGAGGGAAGAAGAGGAUUUAGAGAAGAAAAAAAAUCUUAUUUUAAAGAUAUGCUAUAAGACAUGCUGUGCUGAGUACCAGCUCUGUGGUUUUACCACCACACUGCUGUGUUACAGCCGGACAAGCCUGAUUUCUGGGCUCAAGGCCAAAUAAUAAUGUUAACACUUACAAAUGUGACCUGAAAUAAAGUUGUACUUUCACCAUUGAGUAUUUUGAUAGAAACUCAGAUGUACAGUCAUUUCUCACUUGAAAUGAAACUGUGUCACUUCCUGCAGCCCAUGUGUUUUCCUUCCUCUUUUUCUGUUACGUGAGUGGUGUCGAAGUUCAUCUAGAGCUGAAGCCUUAUGAAGAGUGUAUUCUGAUCUGAAAAAUGCUGCUUGACUGUAACAGCAGUAACAUGUCACAUUCUCUUUGAGUAUUGCAUCAGAUUGAAGUGUCAUUUCCUGUUUCCACUAAAGCUUAUCUGUUCUCUAAGACAAGCGGCUGAUCAGGACUUAACAAACCUUAACAUAAACCUUGUUUUACACACGACAGAUUCAUUCCUCCCAAGAAAAUCAAGGCACAAUGCUCCAUUAAAGUACGAAAAUUAAAAAAAAAAAAAAUUCAGGAUCAUGACUAGACGCAUGUUGACCACACACCACACAAAGCUUGAUGUGUAUGAACAGGCCUGAGGCCAAAAAACUGGAACAGUAAACAAACCUGUCACUCACUUUGCUCUCAGCCACAGUGACUGAAACCAGUAGGGCCUCUCGACUGAGAUGUCUAACCUGUAGGUACACUGAUUGUUGCCAGGAUGUUUCUUACACCACCGCCACCACCACCACCACCACCACCACCACCCUGCUGUAGUCAGACAUUGUAUUUGCCUCGCUUGCAAAUAAUGAGUAAGACAUGCUGCAAGGAAAAGGUGUGAUGGCACAUAGUGGUUUUUAUAAUCAUCAUGCAAGUUGGUUGAAAUAUAGACAUUUGCCACAA